AUGUAUAAGACCUGGACUGAAGCUCAGAGAUACUGCAGAGAAAACUACACAGAUCUGGCCACAGUCAACAACAUCAAUGACAUGAAUCAACUGAUGAAGAGUGUGAAUAACAGACUGACACAGGUCUGGAUUGGACUGCAUAGAUCACGUGUUUAUAAAUGGAAGUGGUCUCUGGGUGAUCUUGUGAAAUAUACAAACUGGUCUAAUGGAGACUCAAAUGGUCCAGAUCAUUGUGUUUAUAUGAGAGAUGGAUCAUGGUAUCAUCAGGACUGUAAUGUGAACAUGAGAUUCAUCUGCUACAAUGAGAGCAGUAAAGGAUUCAUCAUUAAUGAUUCUUCAGUAUCAUGGAGAGACGCUCAGAUCUUCUGCAGACAGCAUCAUACUGAUCUGAUCAGUGUGAGGAAUCAGACUGAGAAUCAACAGAUUCAGAACAUCAUGAAUGACACAAACAUAUCUGAAGUCUGGAUUGGUCUGUUCAGAGACUCAUGGGAGUGGUCAGAUAAAAGUGAAUCUGGAUUCAGAUACUGGCAUCCUAUUGAACCAAAUAAUCCUGAAACUGAAAAAUGUGCAGAGUUCAAUCCAACAGCUCAGGGUCAAUGGAAUAAUUUGCCUUGCAGGUACUCUCAGACCUUUGUGUGUCAUGAAGGUGAGUAAUAAAAGUCAAUGUGUGUUUGAUGAGAGAAGUUUCUUCAUUAUUAAAAUGAUCUCAGUUCAGUGUUUGUUGUGUAUGUUUGUUUUGAUCUGAUGUGUAGUUUGUGUUUGUUGUGUGU